AUGGAGGCGACGUUGCUCAGCAGCCUCCACACCAAGCUGGAUGACUUGGAGGGCAAGAUGCGAGCCUACCGCUGCGACCUGCUCUCCGACUUCCAGCGCUACUACCACGAUCUGCUCGUCGGCGUCUCUCCCAGCGUCGCAUCCAGCGUCCAGCGCGCCAUUGUCCAGUCCUUUGCCAACUAUCCGACGCUCCGCCCCGAGCUCGAGCUCGAGGCCGCUGUCGCUGACUCACAAGCGCCUCACCCGGCUUCAUCCCAGCAGCCCGCCGCCCGUAACGAGCCUCCCGGCACUCCUACCAUCACUUCGCGCGAACGCGAGACGGAGCUGCAGGGCCUGUUCACGCCGAGCUAUCUGCCCCUGCUGGACAGCUCGCCUCCGUCCAAGUACGACCCCCGACCGGCAGCUCCCUCGCCUGGUGACUCGACGGCCGCGGCCACGGCUUCGACCACGGCCACGCAGACGACGGCUGCCGACUCAUUACCGCCUGCAAUGGCACCACCAGCUACCGGCAGCGGCAGCGGCACUGCCACCAAUCAUGGUAUCACCGAGGGCGGCCUUGCAACCGCAGGCAACGACACGCCGCCCGCAGACCCUCAGGCUCCUAACGAGGCGCACCGCCUCGUCAGGACCGCUACCGAAGAGUCAACCUCGUCUGUCAACUCGGACAGGAGCGACGCCAAGGCCAGGAGAAGUGCCCUGCGACGCUCAUCUAGUACAUCUAAGCCGGCCCAGAGCCCAAGGCGAGUUCGCUUUGAGGUUAUGGGAACAGAGGUGUUGCCGACGUCAUCGCCGCAACAGGUCGAAUUCCUAGGUCCCGUCGCAUCACCGCCGGCCUUGGAGGACGAUCCAAUUGCCUCUGGCAUGAUACUGGGCGACGACAUGGACUGGGAGCCCCCAGUCCGGAAGAGCUCCUCCACAGAGGCCUUGCGAGCUUUGUCGAGAGCGCCGGCGGAGGAAGGCACUGUCUGGACUGUCGUGAAUCCUGAUACGGACGAGGCGCCAUCACAUCCGAACAACACCGCCAGGAUGCCUCCUGGGAAGCCUACCUCUGCCGAGCUCAUCACACCUACAGUAAACCACCAUACAUCAACCAUUCCAUCGAGAGCUGCGCAAGCCAGCAACGCGACAUCGUCAUAUCCCGAUGACGUCAACCAUCGCGGGUCAGGAAACAACGAUGAUGACGGCAACUCUUCAGACGACGAAGACGACUAUCUAGCCAUGCCUAAACGCAACUCUCUCGGAGUUGGGAAGUCUGCGUCUGCCUCACAUCCCCAAUUGCCCCCAAAGAGAGCGGUCAAUGGACACUCAGCUGCGGCAUCGUUGCCGAACAGAUCGAUCAUCAGCUCUAGCAAUGCCAGCAAUCAUCGGGAGAGAAGCAAUCCACCUCCUCGUGUAGAUGAAACCCUGGUCGAUGAUGGGGACGAUGACGAUGAGCUCUUUGAGUUUGAACCUGGCGGCCUUAGUGCUCCGCCAAAGCCCCGCGAAAGACAGCCUCCCCCGCCUGACGACGACGACGACGAUGACGAGCUUUCCGAUGGAUCUCAAGAUGACGUGCCCAGCAUGGACCGACCCAGCCAUCAGUCUCUCUAUUCAACUUCGCCGGCUGUUCCCAUCAUGCGACCGGCACGGUUUGACAACUCCACGUCCACCGUGUCUAGGUUUCAGCCUGGGUCCCUUGGAUCAUACAAGGGCCGUCCCGUCAUCAUGCCUGUAGUGCGCAACCCGGAGGUGCAUGCUCGGGCGGCUUCCUUGGGCAACUUUAACACUUUCGUGGGCGGUCUGGAUGGUCGAAGCGGUAUGGACGAAGCAGACCUCAGCAGUUUCCGCGCUAGUUUUGUCCGAUCCGGCUUCACUGGGACGCCUCGGAGUUUUACUGAGCGUUUCAUGAUGGAGGAGGCUCAGGCACAAGCACAGGCGGACAAGGAAGAGAAUGGUUCCGCCCAGUGA